UAUAGUUUGACAACAGGUUUGGCAGUGCGAGAGUGUGUGGACAACAUUGCACUGCAUUUAACACUGUAUUCACAAUUGAGUUACAAUUGAGAGCACACGUGGACUUAACUUACGUCGAGUUAAUUAGUCUUAUAUUUAGUUUAUUUAGCAUUUGUUUCAUUCAUAAUAUAAACCAAACAUGAAAUCAUUCAUAAUUUGUGUCCUCUUUUGUCUCAUAUCUCAUGCCAUUUGUGAUGACGAGUCGUUUGGAGAACUCGUCGUGGAAGUGGUGUCCAAACCGGAUGACUGCAGCCGUAAGUCAUCGAAAGGUGAUAUGUUGUCAAUGCACUACAGGGGCACCACUGAGGACGGCAAGGAGUUUGACUCCAGCUAUUCCCGUUCGGAACCGUUUAAGUUUCAGUUAGGCAUCGGACAAGUUAUCAAAGGGUGGGACCAGGGAUUGCUCGACAUGUGCCCCACGGAGAAGCGAAAGCUGACGAUCCCCUCACACCUGGCCUACGGAGACGCCGGCGCCGGCGACCGCAUCCCACCGAAGGCCACACUUGUGUUCGAAGUGGAGUGCAUUGCCGUCGAAGACGGACCCACUCCUGUCAAUGUCUUCGCCGAGAUCGACGCCAACGAUGACAACCAGCUGUCGCGCGAAGAGGUGAGCUCAUACCUGAAGAAGCAAAUGCCGGAAGCGGCGAAAGCAGGAGUGAAGGAUCUUCCAGAUCAGGACAAACUCGUCGAAGAGAUCUUCCAACACGAGGAUCAGGACAAGAAUGGCUUCAUUUCGCACGAGGAGUUCAGUGGACCCAAACACGACGAGUUAUAAUACCCAUUCGUAUCCAUAGAUAUUCAUAAAACUUAAUUUUUUUUAAUUCUUGAGGCGUUUAUUAAAUAAUUUUGUCAAUUGUUGUGAUAUACUGUAUCUGAUUGUUAAGUGCCUUUUCAUACCAUACCAUCCCCUCCUCCCUCUAUGACUAACCAAUGAUGUGUUUAAAGGCUUAAGCACUUUAAGGGACAUUAAGGUUAAUGAUUACAACAUUGUCUCGUCAACGGUUCCAAUCGAGUGUCUAUUAAUAUGGGUUUUAUUUGUGGGUUUCAAAAGUGCGGUCAUAUUUAAACGUCUGUCACAUUAGACUAAUAUUUCGAAACAUUACUUAUUUGUCGAAUUUUUUAUAAUGUAUUUUUCAGUUUUUUAAUAUCAAUCAAAUGAAUGAAUGCAGUCUUUCCAUCACAAAAG